CCAGUGUCGUCUGCUAGUGUUUUGAUCUUGACAAGGGGAAUCAAAUCAAACACCCAAAGUCCACCCAAGUGAAUCAAAAAGGUUACUUUCCAAAGCAGAAAAAUAUAUUUUCUGAUCAAUGUGUAGAAGUAGGAGAAUUGUUUGAGUAUCUGUUUGUCUCUUAAGAAGGAUUACGUUCAUUCAAAUACCACCGAUUGUCAUUUUAUGUACUUGCUCAACGAAGCCUCGACAACCGAUAAUGGAUUGGAAUAUAGUAUGCGGGAGUCCUUCUCUAGUCUUAUGGGCCAACGGCAAUAUCGGAAAAUGCUUUGGUCAGCUAGCCUUAACGCUACCGUCCAGUGUAAUAUUGACUGCAGUGUCGUCGUACUAUCUGGGCAAGGAGUACAAUUGGGUUAUACGAGAUCAGCUGCAAAUCAACAUUCUAUCUCUGAGAGCAUCCAUUUGCCUCUUUUUAGCAUUUAUUCCAUUUUCAAAUCUUAUUGUAAAAUGUUACUUCCAUGAAAGCCUGUUCUUGGCGGAUUACAUGGUCAGCUUUGUCACAACGUUUAGCUGGCUCUGCCACAUGUUGUACAUCAUGAUCCUGAAGCAGAGAGUCUCUAGGAGCCUUCGUGGGCCUCUCUCCUCACUAGCUGCAUGGAUGCUUACCGUCAUCCCUUGUGCUUUCCAACUGAGGGGAGACUUUAAUGAAUUUGAUGCCAAGACAUUACAAAACCCUGAGUUCUGGUUGGACAUAUCCUAUGCCUCUCUCCAGUUCUUCUACUUGCUCACAUUGAUUCCAUAUGGCAUGGCCGAUGUCACCGGUUUUGAUAGAGCCUUUCAAUCUCUUGCUGAUGAAAACCUCAAUCAACGGCGACUGCUACAUUACAAUCGUUUCGACAUUGAUUUCGAUCGAUUCUACCUCGGCAUCGCUCGGGAAGGUGUCACUUUCCUCUCCCGUCUAUUCCUGUCAUGGGUACAACCCCUGAUGAAAAAAGGAAGUCGAAAACAGCUGAACUCUCCAGACGAUUUAUUUGAUUUGCCUCGCAAAACCACAUCGCAAUUGGUGGCACCUCAGUUUGAACGCCAAAUGAACGAAACACAAUCCGUCGUCAGGUCCCUCCGUAAUUGCUUUGGUUCAUCGUUCUACCUCGUCGGUUUGCUCAAAUUCACUGGCGAUGCUUUGGGAUUUGUUGGUCCGUUAGUCCUGUCGGCCUUGGUCCAGUUUAUCGACAACAAAACCGAACCAAUGCUCUUUGGUUAUUUAUGUGCAGCAGCCCUUUGCCUCGCCUCUUUUACCGCGGCUCUCUGUAAUGUUCACUUCAACUUCAAAGUCAGUGAAAUUGCUCUCCGGAUGCGCAUUGCCCUCAUUUCAACUAUUUACAAUAAAACACUUCGAGUCAGCUCGGCAGAUCUAUCUAAAUUCAGUUCGGGAGAUAUCGUCAACAUGAUGAGUAUCGACACAGAUCGUAUCAUCAAUUUUUGUCCGAGUUUUCACGCCUUUUGGAGUCUUCCACUUCAGAUCGGUGUCACAUUGUAUUUGCUGUAUGCUCAAGUGGGACUUGCUUUUCUUGCUGGACUCAGUUUCGCUGUGCUGUUGAUCCCCGUCAACAGGUGGAUUGCAGUUAAAGUAGGCAAAUACAGUGGAGAAAUGAUGACGGCCAAAGACAAACGGGUUAGACUCCUCAACGAACUUCUGACUGGCAUUCGUGUCGUGAAAUUCUACGCCUGGGAAAAGCAUUUUCGCCGUCGGAUCGAACAGCUUCGAGCCGAAGAGCUCAAAGCCCUGAAAGCCCGCAAAUAUUUAGACGCCCUUUGCGUCUACUUUUGGGCCACGACGCCAGUCCUGGUGGCCAUUCUCACCUUUGCCACUUUUGUUUUGAUGGGUGGGACUUUGACGUCCGCCAAAGUUUUCACUUGCAUGGCCUUAUUCAACAUGCUCAUCAGUCCACUCAACGCUUUUCCGUGGGUCAUUGGAGGACUAGUUGAAGCCUGGGUUUCCCUGAAACGCGUCCGAAAAUUAAUUCAGCUUCCCAAUAUGGAUUCCGGAUCCUAUUACAGUUCAAAACGAGUGGAACCUGAUGCCCAGGCUACGCUAAUUAUGGAACAGGCCGAGUUCUCAUGGCAAUUGGGUAACGGUGGCUUCCGACUGAGCGACUUGAAUUUGAGGAUAACUAAAGGACAAUUCAUUGGAGUCAUCGGCAAAGUGGGUAGCGGCAAAAGUUCUUUCCUUCAGGCUAUUACUGGCAAUUUAGUUAAGAGAAAUGGCAGCAUCUACGUCCGCAAUUGGCAACAAGGAGUGGCGAUUGUGACUCAAGAGCCUUGGAUACAACGCGGAACGAUUCGAGACAACAUUUUGUUCGGUAAGCCGUACGAUGCUGGCAAGUACCGUGUCGUCCUGGAAGUCUGCGCUCUGAACGCCGAUUUGCGGAUGCUGACUGAAGGUGACCAGACGGAAAUCGGGGAUAACGGAGUAACGCUCAGUGGUGGGCAAAAAGCACGCAUUGCUCUGGCCAGGGCCGUUUAUCAGGAUAAGGGUUUCUACUUGAUGGAUGAUGUGCUCUCGGCAGUCGAUUCUCAAGUGGCCAGGCACUUGGUGGACUCUUUACUGGUGGAUUACCUUCGCAAUAAAACUCGCAUCUUGUGCACACAUCACGCUCAAUUUUUGCAAUCAGCCGACUGGAUUCUCGUCUUUGAAGAUGGGCAGUUAAUCUCGCAAGGUCCACCAUCGAAAAUUUUAACGUCUUCCUUAGAUGGAUCGAACCCAACUGGAAGACAAGUGAAAUCGACUUGCCCCGAAUUGGACGAAAGGGAAGCGGCGAUCCCAUUGGAAGAAGACAGAUGUACGGGCCAAGUCGAAUUUGAUGUUAUUUCAACUUACUGGAAAGCCGUUGGCAUGUACGUCUCGCCCAUCAUCCUGGCCAUGCUGCUGUUCAUGCAAUCGACCCGCAACGUUUCCGACUGGUGGCUGGCCCAUUGGGUGUCGGAACUGCAGAACGAAACGAUCAACGGGACGUUAAUCGUAGGAGGAGGAGAUGACUACGAUCCUACCUUCUACCUGGCCGUUUAUGGAGGCAUUGCUGCAGCCAACACGAUCUUCACUUUCUUCCGGGCAUUCCUCUUUGCAUACGGCGGAUUGAAAGCCGCCACCUUUUUACACAGUCGCCUAGUCGACGUUGUCUUGCAAGCGAAAAUGAUCUUUUUUGACACAACACCCGUAGGCAGAAUACUGAAUCGACUGUCGUCCGACGUCUACGCCAUCGACGAAUCCCUGCCAUUUGUUCUCAACAUCUUUUUGGCCCAGAUUUUCGGACUUCUCGGCACAAUUAUUGUCACUUGCGUGGGAAUUCCCUGGAUCUCGUUGUUGCUGUUGCCGCUUGGCUUCAUUUAUUUCAAUCUACAACAUUUUUAUCGACACACUUCGCGUGAGCUGAAACGGCUUUCGACCGUCACCCUCUCGCCCAUUUAUUCACGUUUUGCCGAGACUCUCAGCGGUUUGGUGACGAUUCGCGCAACAGACAACUCAACCGCCCGUUUUGCGCAAGAGAACCUGGACAUGGUGGAGGAUAAUGUCAAAACUCAGUUCGCAAGUCAAGCCGCUGCCAAUUGGCUUGGCUUACGGUUGCAGCUGAUUGGUGUGGCAAUGGUGACUGGAGUUGGGAUAUUCGCCGUUGUCCAGCAUCACUUGCACACGGUCGAUCCUGGACUUGUAGGAUUGGCCAUUUCCUAUGCGUUGUCCAUUACGGGUGUACUUUCCGGUGUUGUGACAUCGUUUGUCGAAACCGAAAAAGAAAUGGUUAGCGUAGAGCGCGUCCAUGCUUACAUUCAGCGGCUUCCAGCAGAGCCUUCCACGUCAUCGAGAGUAGCUCUACCGAUGUCCUGGCCAAGUCAAGGUUGCAUCACCUUUCAAAGAGUGUCGAUGAGAUACAGGGAACACUUUCCGCUGGCCGUGAAAGAUAUUAAUUUUGAAAUCCGUCCGUCGGAGAAAGUAGGAAUUGUUGGCAGAACGGGCUCAGGAAAAACCACUCUCUUCCAAAUUCUAUUCCGGCUCGUAGAGAUUUGUUCGGGUGAAGUGCAAAUUGACGGUGUCAAUAUCCAAUCGCUUAGUCUCUUCGAUUUAAGGUCUCGGCUGGCCAUCAUUCCACAAGAUCCUUUCAUAUUUAGCGGGACGAUUCGUGAAAAUCUAGAUCCCACUUCACAGCAUACAGAUCGGCAGCUCUGGAAAUGUUUGGAACGAUGCCAUUUAAAAGAAACGAUUAGCCGAUGGACAACUGGUUUGUCUACCGACGUGCAAGAACGGGGCAAAUUGUUUUCCGUUGGGCAAAAACAACUUCUUUGUCUGGCUCGAGCUCUUCUACUUAACUCUAAAGUGAUUUGCAUCGAUGAAGCGACCGCCAGUGUCGACGCAGAGACAGAUCGCUUAAUCCAGAAAACGAUUCGCUCAGCAUUCCGUCAUUCGACAGUGCUAACAAUAGCUCACCGACUGGAAACAAUCAUGGAUUCGGAUCAAGUAGCCGUAAUGAGUGCCGGACAGCUGAUUGAAUUUGAUUCACCUUCGAAACUGUUGGAAAAUCCAGUUUCUCAUUUUUCUCAACUGGUGAACGGCUGAAUGUCUCGUUCGUCGCCUACUUCAGAGUCACACGUAUGAAUCAAUUUGAUGAGAUUAUCAAAAUUAUAGUUAGCAAUUUUGUUUUGUUUUUUUUUUUCUUAAUUCCGAGUUCACCAAAGAUUCUCUUAGAUUCAUUUUAUUGUGCAAAUCAUGAACUAUUACAGCUGGCGAUCGACUAGUAAAAAGAAUGGUACACGGAAAACUAGUCCGUCGAAUGUUUAUUAGAUUCUCUUCAUAUAGAAGUAUUCCUUUUUCUUUCAUCUUUUCUUACUAAUAAUAAUCAUGCCUUAUUAUUGUUUUCGUUUCGAAUCGUCUGCUGGUUAGUGAUCUCUUUCCAGGUUGUAAUUCUUUUGUAUAUUAUCAUUUUCCUCUACUCUUUAGUUAUUGAAACCGGGUCGUCAAAUUGUAUUAAUAUUAAAACAUUUACGUUGCUGGUGGUGGUGUUAUUUAUAAUUAAAACAUGAUGUCAUCGUCUUCUUCUGCAAUCAGAUUCGACGGUUCCUGUUCAUUCUUUUGACGGUAAGCGGCUUUUGCAGCUUCAGCCUUAGCGCGUGCAAUCUUCUUCUUGUCUUGAAUUUUUUUAAGUCUGCACAUCAAGAAAAGAAGAGUAGGAAUUUGAUAUCGUUACUACUACUAAUUUUGAAAGUUAUAGUAGGUUACCGAUAGAAUUCUUCACGUUCUAGUUCGUCCAGUUCGGAGAUGAUGUAGUCCAAUGUUCGCUCGAUUUUCGGUAUAAUAACUGGUAAAUAUUAUGUUAGAAAUGUUAUUCAAAACUAUCAAAUGUGGUGGAACAAAACUCUUUACCAUGCUCAAUGGCAUUGACACGUCGGUUAGUGACUUUGAUGGCUUUAUCCAAUGUGAUGAAAGACGUCUGCAUAGAAGCUAAAUCGACUAGUAGUUUGACAGCUUGAACGUAACAUUUCUUCAUCUUGGACAAUUGCUGACCGCCGCGAGCGAUUCCAGUCAAUUCGUAGCGAUCAGGCCCUUCGAUGAUGCUCUCAAAGACGGGCAAAUUCACACCAGCCACGUUAUCCUUCCUGGACGAUACUUUCACCUGGGCGGUGGAAACAUUCUGGAGCACGUACUGGUUGAUGUCACCUGUCUGGAAUUUGACUUCAGCGAGGGAGAAAGCUGCAUCCUUCAUCACUUCGCCCACCAUUUCCUUGGUCUGUUUUGAUUUUUGAUUUUUUUUUUAAAUUCAUGAUUGACGAAAACGGUUUAGAUGUCAAUACAUACCUCAAUGAUUUUCUUCAGAAUGGAACGAAAUCGAAGCUGCAUAGCAUCGGCCUUCUUCUUCAACAGUCUGUGGCCCGUUUCGGCACCCUUCAGGCGAGCCUUCAUACCCGUUUGGGCUCUAAAUUUUUCCGAUCGUUUAUUGGCUACUUUUUUUUCGUUUGACGCGAAAAUAAUGGAAAGUAAAUCGUUUAAAUCUUACCCUCGAGAUGGGAAAAUGGCGAUCUUGUCCUUUCCUGACAUGGCGGCUUACUUGGAUAAUGCUUGUGUUUGUGGCUCCAGUCGCCACUCAGCUGAGAAAAGGUAAAAAAGGACUAGGUUUUUGCCUUGUGAUCGCCCGUAAAAGUCACAUGACAUUUUCUUUGGUCUAACGAGCGCGUGACUUGAUUACGGCGGCUCAGAUAAGGCCAACAAAUGUUUGGUCUCGACAGGCGACUGUCGCUUGGUGGGAUAGCUUCACUUGUGCGCAGUCAUUCACAGGUGACGGAAGAAUUACGGCGCAAAUAGAUUUCAAUAAGAAGUGAAAAUUGUAAUUAGAUCUUUUUUCUGUGGCUACCAACAACACCAAAUGUAAGAAAAGAACAUCUUCGUCAUGCGCGUCGUCAAGGAUGUUGGCCGCUUCGUCAUCAAAAUCGCCCUCAGCUUUACGUUUGGCUUUUUCAAGUUCAGCUUUAGCCCGCGAAAUACGUUUCUUAUCCUGGAUUUUCUUUAGCCUGUUCAAGAAAAAUGGCUUCUAAACACUGACAAUUACCAAAACGAUAAAUCCGAGAAAUACCGAUAGAAUUCUUCGCGCUCAAGCUCGUCAAGCUCGGAAAUAAUGUACGCCAAUGUCCGUUCAAUGCGAGUUUAAUUCUCACCAUGUUCGAUGGCGUUUACUCUUCUAUUGGUCACCUUAAUGACUUUGUCGAGAGUGAUGAACGACGUUUGCAGUGAUGCAAGUUCCACCAAUAAAGUGACUGCUUUCUGAUAGUUCUUCUUUAGUUUGCCUAGUUGUUGACCUCCUCUAGCCAAACCUGCCAACUCAUAUGUGUCACUACCAUCUUGGUAGCUCUCAAAUACUGGUAAAUUGACACCUAUACAUGGAAUAGGGAUCGGACUUUGAUCUGAGCCUUUGUGACAUUUUGUAGUACUACUUGAUUGAAGUCUCCGGUAGCAAACUUUGCUUCUGCAAGUGAAAAAGCAGCCUCCUUCAUCACAUCACCCAUUAAUACUUUAGUCUAAAACAAAAAGGCAAAGGAUUGAGCGAAACCUCAUUUGAAGAGCAUCUGCCUUCUUUUUUAGAAGACCAUGACCUUUCUGUGCACCGGCAAGACGAUGUUUCAUCAGCGUUUGUGCUCUAAUUGUUUAAAAGAUAUAUUAAACCAUCAUGUAGCCUAUUUUACUUCAAACUGCACCAUAUUGUCUUCGGAAUGUAAACUCACCCUCGCGAUGGAAAAAUGGCAAUUUUGUCUUUUCCUGACAUUUUGUGACGAAACAAGUGCAGGAUCUGAAUACAAACGAAUAUAAUUCGUAA